AUGAACUUCAUGCUCCGCACUUUUCUGGAGAGUCCACUCUGCAGUCUGGAGGCUCUGUGGUUGUGGGACUGCAGUUUGUCAAAGAUCAGCUGUUCUUCUCUGGCCUCAGCUCUGAAGUCCAACCCCUCCCACCUGAAGGAGCUCGACCUGGAUGGGAACCAGCUGAAGAAUUCAGAUGUGCAGCAGCUGGUUGAUCUUCAGCAGAGUCCAGACUGCAGCCUGCAGACUCUGAGACUUUCUUCCUGUAGACUCUCUGAUUCUCACUGUGAAGUGAUCUCCUCAGCUCUGAAGUCUGACCCCUCCCAUCUGAAACAGCUGGACCUGAGUUUCAACAAGCUGCAGGAUUCAUCAGUGAAGAUUCUGUGUUCUGGACUGGAGAGUCCAAACUGUAACCUGGAGACUCUGAGGUUGUUUGACUGCAGUUUGUCAAAGAUCAGCUGUUCUUCUCUGGCCUCAGCUCUGAAGUCCAACCCCUCCCUCCUGAAACACCUGAAACUUCUGGACCUGAGUUACAACCAGCUGCAGGGUUCAGGAGUUGAGCAGCUGUGUGGUUUUCUGGAGAGUCCACUCUGCAGUCUGGAGACUCUGAGGUUGAGGAGCUGCAGUUUGUCAAAGAUCAGCUGUUCUUCUCUGGUCUCAGCUCUGAAGUCCAACCCCUCCCUCCAGAAACAUCUGAAAAUUCUGGACCUGAGUGGGAACCAGCUGCAGGAUUCAGGAGUUGAGCAGCUGUGUGGUUUUCUGGAGAGUCCACUCUGCAGUCUGGAGGAUCUGAGGUCAGAUUCCAUGUUUGAGUUUGUGUUGUGUGAAAGUUGUGUUGACACUGAUCAAAUCAGUCACAAUAAUUUUGUUUCAUCUAUUUUAAUUAGUAAGUUCACAGAAACAUUCUGGCACUUACAAGAAAUCACAUCUCCACACCUGCUAACUCACAGCGCCCCCCCACGGCCAUUUCUGAACAUAGACAUGCUGGAUGUCAACCCACAGCAUGAACAACACUUCAACACACCUGAAACCUGA